GAGUCUCUGUCUUGGCUCGUUGUCUCUCUUCUUGGUUUUGUUCUUGACCGCUCUGAGCAUUUGCGACGCGAUAUGACAAGCAAAGUGUACACUGGCGAAGAGGUCGCCCAGCACAAUACGCGCGACAGCUGCUGGAUUAUCGUUCAUGGCAAGGUGUACGACGUUACAGAGUUCUUGCCAGAUCACCCUGGAGGAGCCAAGAUCAUUCUCAAGUACGCCGGCAAGGAUGCUACUGCGGAGUAUGACCCCAUUCACCCACCGGACGCCAUUACCAAGAACCUUCCACCCGAGAAGCAGCUUGGCUCUGUGGACCUGUCUACUGUAGAAAAGGUCGAAAUCGUUGUUCGCGAGGAGGACAAGAUCCGUCAGGAACGCUUCGCGCAGCGGCCAUCGCUGUCGGAGAUCUUGAGCUUGCACGACUUUGAGGCCAUAGCGCGACAGGUCAUGAACGAGAAGGGAUGGGCGUAUUAUAGCUCAGCUGCAGAUGAUGAAAUCACCAUCCGUGAAAAUCAUGCCGCCUACCACCGCAUAUGGUUCCGUCCACGAAUUCUGCGGAACGUCACACAUGUUGACUGGUCGACCAAAAUUUUGGGAAUCCCCUCGAGCAUGCCUAUCUACAUUACUGCGACGGCCCUCGGAAAGCUUGGCCACCCUGACGGCGAACUGAACCUGACACGAGCCGCGGCAAAGUACGGUGUUAUUCAGAUGAUUCCAACCCUGGCUUCGUGCUCUUUCGAUGAGAUUCUUGAUGCCGCUACUCCUGGCCAAUCACAAUUCCUUCAGCUCUACGUCAACAAGGACCGCGAUAUCACGCGAAAAUUCGUGCAGCACGCCGAACGGCGCGGUAUCAAAGGCCUGUUUAUCACUGUCGAUGCCCCGCAGCUUGGCCGUCGCGAGAAGGACAUGCGUCAAAAAUUCGACGCAGAAGAGCCAGAUGAAAUGGAGCGGAACAGUGAGAAGGUGGACCGUUCUCAGGGAGCGGCCCGUGCGAUCAGUUCCUUCAUCGACCCAGGCCUCUGUUGGGAAGAUAUUCCAUGGUUCAAGAAGAUUACCAAGAUGCCGCUCAUCCUGAAGGGCGUGCAAUGCUGGGAAGACGCUCUGCGGGCGUACGAUGAGGGCCUCGCCGGCGUCGUUCUCUCCAACCAUGGUGGUCGCCAGCUCGACUUUGCGCGCUCUGGAGUCGAGGUUCUCGUUGAGGUCGUCGACAAGCUCAAGGAGAAGCGCGGGCUUGCAUUCCCGAAUGACAAAUUCCAGCUAUUUGUCGACGGCGGUGUUCGCCGCGCGACGGACGUCAUUAAGGCGGUCGCGCUCGGCGCGACAGCUGUCGGCAUCGGGCGGCCUUUCCUGUACGCAUUCUCUUCUUACGGCCAGGAGGGUGUCGAGAAAGGACUGCAAAUCCUUCACGACGAGUUUGAGAUGAAUAUGCGCCUCCUUGGCGCUCCGACAAUGAAGGACGUCGUCCGAGACAUGGUCGACGCGUCGAGUGUACACCAGCACAUCGUUGCUGUUCCUGACGACCGGCUGUUCCACCAGAACUACGAGGGCAUUGCGGGUGCGCAGCUCAAGGAGCUCAAGGCUGCGAAAGAAUCUAAGGCACGGAUGUAGGCUGGCUUGAUGAUGUAUGCUGUGCACGUUGUAUCUGUAUCCCGUGUACCGAUUGGAUCUGUUCAAUUUGGACUAUGCUGCUUUACCUCGAGGUGUACACGCUUCCCGGGACCUG